GUCCCAGAUGGCCGCUGCCCUGGUCACGCCUCCUGUCUCUCCUGGCCGCCGCCCUGGGCCCCUGGUCACGCUCACGCCACUGGCCGCCGCCCCUCACCCCUGCGCCGAGCGCUUCCAGUUCCCUCUGUCUCUUCCCCACCGGACUGCCUCUGCUGCUCCUCCUGCUCCAUCUCCGAGAGGCGCAGGGGGGGCACUCGGCCACUGGAGGAGCCCAGGAGGCCAGGACCCAUCGCCGACGGCUCGACAUGGAAGAAGACGAGAUGCAGCAUGCUCCGCCUAGCAUUGAAUCAAGGAGCAGGCACACACGCAAGGAAGUGGCGAAGAGGAUCGUGCUAUCCUCGUUGGCGGAGCAGGGCAGCGGUUGGGGAUCGCGGGCUUCAUCUCCUUGCAUGGCUUCCAUGUCUACGCACAAGGCAUUGGAGGAAGUGGCUGAGGAGGAGGAUGAAGAAGAUAACAGCUUUGACCAUAAUGACAAAUUAUCAGUAAGCCUCCCUUCGAAUGGGAAUGAUGAUGAUGAAGUAGUUGAGGUGUCAAGCGAUGAGAUUUCUAAGGCUCAGAAGGGAAAGAGAGGACGCAAAAGGGUUAAGGCUGGUGCUGGUGUUUCAUUAUCGCCUUCCAAAUGCAAGGUAGCAAGAGGAAAGAGAGCAGGAUGUUGGAAGUACUUCAAGGUUAUCAAUGUUCCAUCUAGUAAGGAACGAGGGGUCAUGGUGACUAAGGCUAAGUGCAUAUUUUGUACCACAAGCUACACAUAUCACCCAGGGGGAUCAACUACACAGAUGAACCAUCAUCUGAAGAAGUGCACCCAAUAUCUGAACAAAUUGUCAAGGGUAAAAAGACAAGGUACACUCAACUUAGCUCCUGAUGAGGGUGGAUGA